AUGACCUCCACUAACAUAAUGUCUCCAACACCUCCAACCGCGACGCCAGCAUGGCAUCGUUUCGAGCGAAAGGUUGACGAGGUCAAGCCAUCAAAGACUGACAUAAACUAUCUCGUCAUGGACUACCUCGUCACCAAUGGCUAUCCGGCGGCAGCAAAGCGAUUCGCUGUCGAGGCUAAUAUCCAACCCAAAGCUGAUAUCGAGUCUAUACAAGAACGAGUCGAGAUUCGCGGUGCGAUCCACUCGGGAGAUAUUCAGACGGCCAUUGAGAAAAUCAAUGAACUAAGCCCUCAAAUACUAGACGAAGAUCCUUCUCUUCACUUUUCACUGCUUCGUUUGCAGCUUGUAGAACUAAUCCGCAGAUGCACAUCGACACCCGACGCAGACAUCACACCUGCACUUGAGUUCGCAACAUCUCAACUUGCUCCACGCGCACCUACGAAUCCUCAAUUUCUUGAGGAUCUCGAGCGCACAUUAGCACUUCUGAUCUUCCCCUCAGAGAAUUUGGCGCCUUCAUUGGCUACUUUGUUGCAACCGAACUUGCGUAAAGAUAUCGCCACAAGGGUCAACGAAGCCAUCUUGAAGAACCAAGGCGCUCGUAAAGAAGCUCGCUUACGCAACCUGGUCAAGCUUAGGGCUUGGGCAGAGCAAAAAGCCAGAGAGACCAAACCCGGUGGUCUUCCCGACCAUUUGAAUAUUGGACUGUAUCCGGAGAAACAACAAUCCACAAAUGAGCACUCGAACGGUAACUCGGACGAUGCUAUCAUGACCAACAAUGGAGAUAUUGAUCCCAUGAUGGCAUAA